GCGACCCAUAGAAAUGCAACCCAGAGACUAAAAUCUUGAAAAAAUUAUAAAGCGGAGAUGAGGGAUGGAUAUGGAGCGGAGGCCAGGGAAGCGGAUGAGGCUACCUUACAACACAGACGGGAGUUAGACGUUAUCAAGAAUGAGCAUGACGAGAAGAUGAAAGCGCUCGAUGCGGAUUUCAAAGAACAAGUUGAGGCCGCAUUCGCGAAACAUGGCGCAUGGUUGGGAGAAGUUUCGGCGAGGCAGAAGAAGGAUCGAGGUGUGUGGUUUCGUGAAAGUCGGGAUAGUUUCUGAGCCCACUCGUUUAUGUUGGAACUAUUGAAAUGGGAGCAGUUUGUAGAGGUUGUAUUACUUUGGUAGGCUGCG